UGCUCGUGCCGCUGUGCUUAGUGCGCGGGGUCCCGGCGCUGCUCUACACGCUGCGGUCCAGCCGCCUGGCCGGGAGGCACAAGGGGGACGUCAGUUUCCCAGGCGGCAAGUGUGACCCUACUGACCAGGACGUGGUGCACACCGCUUUGCGGGAGACCUGGGAGGAGCUGGGCCUGGCAGUUCCUGAGGAGCACGUGUGGGGCAUCUUGCGGCCUGUGCAUGACCAGCAAAAGGCCACUGUGGUACCAGUGCUUGCCAGCGUGGGCCCGCUAGAUCCCCAGAGUCUCAGGCCCAACCCCAAAGAGGUGGAUGAGGUGUUUACGCUGCCUCUGACCCACCUGCUUCAGACACAGAAUCAGGGCUAUACCCACUUCUGCCAGGGAGGCCACUUCCGCUACACACUGCCAGUCUUCCUGAAUGGACCACACCGUGUCUGGGGCCUCACAGCUGUCAUCACUGAGCUCACUCUGCAGCUGCUGGCACCUGGCACCUACCGGCCCCAGCUGGCCAGCCCUGAGCUGCAUAGAGGCUGAGACCCUGGGCCUAAGCACGCUCUGCCUUCCGUCUGCCAGGCCAGCUCCACUCCAAGACUGAAUAAAGAGCCUUUGACGAC